AUGGACACUUCAAAUCCGGCGGUUUUCGUGAACGCGGAGCUGCUCCGGCUGUACGUUGGCCGGAGGGUCCGCGCCGUGAUUCAGGUGCUCAGAUCGGACGGCGGUGGGUCCGUCGUUGGGAAAUCGACGGAUGAGCAGCAGAUGGUCAUCAAGGGCCGUCCCCCAGCCCCCCUUUCAACCUUCGUCGAGGUCAUUGGCAUCGCCGAUAGCAACCAAUCCAUCCAGGCCGAGAUUUGGACCAAUUUCGGCGAUAAUUUUGAUACAGCAAGCUACAACAGUGUCUGUCAACUUGCAAAUGGGGAAUUCAAGCACUUGUUCAUCUAA